AGUCUUCAGUUGAGAAGAACCAGUCAACACGAUCGGAUCGACCAGAAACUUUGAGACAUUGUGCCAAGUGUGAAAAGAUUUAAAAAAAAUAUUGUGUUUUAUAAAUAUUUCUGCAGUGCAAGUGACUAACUCCAACUGAGCAUAUUUUCAGAUUCAAAUCUUCAAGAUGGGAUCUAAAAAGAGAGUGGCAGUGAUUGGUGCUGGAACUGCUGGACUCUGUGCAGCUAAGCACAGUAUUGGAGCUGGAAUGGAUGUUACGGUUUACGAGCAGAUGUCUCAGCCUGGAGGAACCUGGGUGUAUUCCGAAGACGUCGGAACGGAUAAGUUUGGCCUACAAGUCCACACGUCCAUGUAUCGGGGCUUGAGGACGAAUCUACCGAAGGAGAUCAUGGGCUAUCCCGAUUUCCCAAUCCCAGGCGAAGGGGUGUCCUACAUUCCGGCCGAAGAGAUGUUGGCCUUCCUUCAGUCUUAUGCCAAGUCCUUCGGUGUAACGUCUCUGAUCAAGUUCAACCACCACGUUAUCCGAGUUAGACCUCUCGGUCAGCCAGAUGACAAGCACUCCUGGGAGAUUAUUGUAAAGGAUUUGCCCAAUAAUGAACUCAUUACACAAACCUUCGACUUCGUCUUUGUCUGCAAUGGUCACUACCACACCCCCUAUACCCCACGCUAUCCAGGCCAGAAUAGCUUCCGUGGGCGCCUGACACACAGCCACGAUUACCGAUGUCCCGAUCCUUACAAGGGCUUGAGUGUUCUGGUAAUUGGUGCUGGACCUAGUGGGAUGGAUAUCGCCUAUGAUAUAUCUAAGUGCGCCAGCCGAGUGACCCUGAGUCAUCAUUUGCCGGAGAAACCGAAAACCAAGUUUCCAUCUAACGUGACUCAGCGUCCAGACCCUGUAAAAUUCACUGAGGAUGGAGUUGAGUUCAAAGAUGGUACCAGCGAGACUUUCGAUGAAGUCCUCUUCUGUACUGGAUAUCGCUACACCUUUCCCUUCCUGAGCGUCGACUGCGGUAUCAACGUAGAGGAGAACUUCGUACAGCCCCUGUACAAGCAUUGCAUCAAUAUUAACUACCCUACGAUGGGAUUUGCAGGACUGCCCUUCUACGUUUGCGCCUGUCAAAUGAUUGAUUUGCAAGUUCGGUUCUGUGUGAAAUUAUGGAAUGGAGGUGUUUCUAUGCCCUCGCGGAAGGAAAUGAUUGAGGAUACUCAGCGUGAAAUGGAGGAACGAUUCCAGAAGCGAGGAUACAAGAAGCGUCAUGCUCAUAUGAUGGGUCCGGAUCAGGGUAAAUACUAUGCGGACUUGGCAGAAUGUGCUGGAUUGGUACCCCUGAAGCCUGUUAUUACAAAGCUCCACAAUGAAAGCAGCCAGAAAUUCCUGGAUGAUCUUACAAACUUCCGUAACGAUGUGUAUGAAAUUGUUGAUGAUGAGACAUUCAUCCAAGUGAAGUGAAGCCUGAAUAAUGUUCUAAGAGGAAAAUUCGAGAUAUCAAGUGAUUGAGGGAGAUGAAACAUUUGUACAAUUCCAUUACAAUAUUGUUAUUAUUAAACUAAUAAAUGUUUUACACAAAA